GGCGGCGCUCGGCUGUCUCCGGCCGCUCGGCUCCGCGCUCGGCUCGGGUCCGCGGCCGCUGCGGCGCCGGGCAUUUCUCCGCAGCUCGGCUCGCGGCCGCGCCCGCCCGGCCCGCGCCCAUGCAGGCCAUCAAGUGCGUGGUGGUCGGCGACGGCGCCGUGGGGAAGACCUGCUUGCUGAUCAGCUACACGACCAACGCCUUCCCGGGAGAGUACAUCCCCACCGUUUUCGACAACUACUCUGCAAACGUGAUGGUGGACGGGAAGCCGGUCAACCUGGGGCUGUGGGACACCGCCGGGCAGGAGGACUACGACCGGCUGAGGCCACUGUCCUAUCCCCAAACUGACGUCUUUCUGAUCUGCUUCUCUCUCGUGAGCCCGGCGUCCUUUGAGAAUGUUCGAGCCAAGUGGUACCCCGAGGUGCGACACCACUGCCCCCACACGCCCAUCCUCCUGGUGGGCACCAAGCUGGACCUCCGUGAUGACAAGGACACCAUUGAGCGGCUGCGGGACAAGAAGCUGGCGCCCAUCACCUACCCCCAGGGCCUGGCCAUGGCCCGGGAGAUCGGUGAGCUCUGUCAAGUACCUGGAGUGCUCCGCCCUCACUCAGCGGGGCCUGAAGACCGUGUUUGACGAGGCCAUCCGGGCUGUGCUCUGCCCACCCCCUGUGAAAAAGCCCGGGAAGAAGUGCACGGUCUUCUAGAGCCAGCUUCUGGAGGAGCGACCCCGCCCGGGCCCGUGCUUGCUGUCGUGUCGAGAUGUUUGGUGUCCCUGAGUCUGCUGUGGGGGAGUGGUGUGGGUGGGGAGGGGGAAGAAGCAUGGGGACAGGGCUGGGGCCGUGGAGUCCUGUCUGCUCUGUCUUGUCCUUCUGGGGUACAGCUCCAGCUUUACCUGGCCCCCACGGGAGGCUGGAAGGGAGCAGGGUCUCCCUCGGGCUGCAGGGGCAGGUCCAGGGCAGCCCCAGGAUGGGCUUCCUGGUGGGGGAGGUUGGGGGGAUGGGUCCGGUUCAUGCGCCCCAGGAUGGGGCAGCCCUUUCUUCUUUUAUACAAUAAACAUUCUCCACCACCA